AUGGCUCAUGCUGGGGCCAAAAAGGCCGAAGCAAGAGUAAACGACAUAUUUUCCAUCAAGCAGUCUCCGGGAGAAGGAUUGAGGGACUUCCUCGCCCGUGUCAACCGAGUAAGGAUGACCAUGCCGAAUGUAUCGGAAUGGAUGGCGGUUGCAGCUUUCCAGAACGGGUUGAGCAGAAAUGGUUCAAGGGCAACUAGAAAAUUAUUAAGUUGGCUUAUGAAGUACCCCCCAACUACUUGGGAUGAAAUACACAACGCAUGUUGUGCCGAGGUCAGAGUAGACGAGGACGACCUUAAUGGCUUGACUCAUUGGCUAAACUCGGUACAAGCCGAAUCCAGAAAAGACCGAAGAAAUGAUAUCAUGAGGGACCUAGUAGCUCCACGACCCAACCAGGAAAGACAUCUACCAUAUGUCAGAAGCGCCAUUGUGCCUCCCUCCCGCCAUGAAGAGGGCCCACCCAGAUCACAGACAGAGACUCACCGGAACGAAAGAGAAAUAGUUUACGCCUUGGAGAAGCUCGGAACAAAGUUGAAGUGGCCACAAAAGAUGAGAGGACGUGAACAACAUCAAGGACCACCAAAACCGCCCUCGCCAACCCGCACCAUCUACAUGAUCAUUUGCGGCAACGAUGAUACUUCUAUCAACAGUAUGAAAUUAACCAUAACCCACAAGCUCAAACGGUCAAUCACCCAUGAACGAUAUGACGAACUCGAAGAAAGUAUCAUCUUCGAUAAGUCGGAUACCAAUGCUUUGGUUUUCCCUCACUAUGAUGCCCUUGUUAUCGCUUUACGAAUUUUAGAUAUCGAUGUGAGACGCAUUAUGGUAGACGAUGGAAACGGCGCGUGCAUUAUCCACCCUCGAGUACUUGUACAAAUGGAACUCGAGGAUAAGAUAGUGUCGCGUUGCAUCACACUAACGGGUUUUAACAAUGCAGUUGAGCGAACAUCAGGAGAAAUUACACUCCCUGCUCCUACUGAUCUUCUACCUCUCCUGGUUGCUCGUUCUCAUGAUUUCCUGGAAAGAUCUCGAAGAGAUCUAACUAAAUCUGGUUCAAGACUCUCUGAGAGUCCGUCUAUGGUUGUGAGUGUUACUAUUUCGAUGAUUUUACGGUUCAAAUCUCUUGUUUGA